AUGCACUGGCUUUCUCUAACAGCCUCGGCACUGCUUUUGGCAGCACCUGCUACUUGCUUCAAAGCCUCGCACAAACCGGGAAAUGAUGCAAUUCUGCUCUCUAAUGUACAGACCUUAACUCUACGCGCCGAUCGACUCACCACCUCUCGUCGAGUAUCUCCAAUCCCACAGCUCAGCUGUACAGGACCUUCGAAGAAAAUAUGCGACCUCUACAAGGUUGAAACCAUGCGCUGCAAAAACGAUGGUUAUGAUUAUGAUGCGGAGGAUGUCCAGUGGACCUGCACUGCCUCUCUUCCCCCCGAAUUCAAACUUGGCGCAACAGACGUAGUCUGUGAAGGAUACCGGAAUGCAAACGAUAAGUGGGUGCUGAAGGGUAGCUGUGGAGUUGAAUAUCGAAUGCUCCUGACAGAUCAAGGAGAAAAGAGGUUCGGAAAGGUUCGCGGGGACCAUGGAAUGCCUUCGUGGCUGAGCAGCGCAAAACGAGCAUCGGGAUUCGGAUUCCGCAAAACCGUGGAGACGUUAGAAAACAUUGCAUUUUUCGGCAUCAUCAUUGUGGUUUUUCUCUCAAUUUUUGGUCCAAUGAUUGCAAAUUGCCUUGGAAUUCGCAGAAAUUGGAGGGGCGGCCGGGCCCGGAGACAAGGAUGGGGAGGAUUCUUCGGGGGGGAGGUGGUGGUGGUGGCGGCCGCCAUGGUGAUGACUAUCCUCAAGGACCACCACCUCCAUACGACAGUGGAUGUGCGGAUGACCGAAACUGGAGGUUUACAAGCCGAAAUCCUGCACAUGGCUGGACUCCGGGCUUCUGGACUGGCGCUUUGGGCGGUGCUGCGGCGGGAUAUCAGAUGGGACGGCGGGCCAAUAACGCCGAGCAACGAUCUUCCCACCGAGGGUCUUUCACUAGUUAUGACAGCUAUGACCCCGGAGAAGGCAGCUCGGGGAAUCGUUCGCAAUUCCACUCCUCAACGACGUCAACUAGUACUGGGUUUGGAUCGACCAGGCGCAGGUAGCGUGGACGGCUAUCACGAGAACAUCAUGAAUCGCGGAUUUGAAGCAUCGACUAUAUGUUAUUGUAUUCAUAACCGGAGAAACAAAAAUUGA